AUGGAUGACGCCAUCCCAACCUUCUACAGCAUCCGGGCGUGGAUGCAAACCCAGCAGACGAGUGCUGCGCGUAUGCGCGGUCUUCAAUCGGUUCAUCGCCGCAUGCGCCGUCGCCGCCACCACCGCCACCUUCCUCAAUACUGGCUGGUCCUCAAUCUUCUUGAGCGGGAGCGCAGUCGCCAACACCAACACCAACAGCGCCAUCGUCGCUCGCAGCCAACAGCAGCAGCAACGCCACCGCAUGCACCCAUGGUGACAGCAGCUGCUGGUACACGCGCCCACGACCCACAGCAGCAACAGCACGUGCCACAAGGGGUCCGUACACCACUUCUCCCAUCACCACUGCCAUUUCAGCAGCAGUACCAUGGCGCGAUGUCACCGUCUGGUUAUCCGGGACUCGCUCCCGUUUAUGAGCAGAUGAUGAUGAUGACGACGAUGACGCCAUUGGCGCCGACGGUGCAGCCGCUACAGAUGUACCAGUCGUUCCCACAGCAGCGCGCUCAACAGCAGCAGCAGCAGCAGCAGCCAGCAACGCACCGCUUCUGCCACUACUGCCACCAGUACCACCAUCACCACCACUAUCAUUUCCACCACCAGGUUGUGGAUGGUGGCCAGCACGUGGUGGGACUGCGUCUGCCGCUGCUGCAGGGGCAUAUCGCUCAUCCACCGCUGGGCGAGCGGCAGCAGCAGCGCGUGCAGGGCGAGAUGCUGCGCACACAUCCACACGUGCGGCGCAACGCGGCCGGUGAGCAACACGUCUUUCCCGCGCAGCACAUGAUGUUGGCUAGUCCUCCUCCUCCACCACCACCACCGCCGCCACCACGCCGCGCUGACAACAGCGGCGGAGACGGCGGCAGUGGCAGUGGCGCUGCUCAGGAUGGCGAAUGGUGA